AUGGACGAUACCAAAGAAAGCGGUAGCUCCUCCGAAGCCGAGGGCACUGUCUCAACCGAACGUCCAUACGAAUGCACCUGGGCUGACUGCUCAAAAUCCUUUUCACGACGAUCUGAUCUAGCUCGACAUCGCCGCAUCCACACUGGUGAAAGACCUUACCAAUGUGACUGGGCUGGCUGUGGAAAGCAAUUUAUUCAACGUUCUGCUCUUACCGUCCACUAUCGUACUCAUACUGGAGAACGUCCUCAUGUCUGUGAAUACGAAUCCUGCCAGAAAUCUUUUAGCGAUUCCUCAUCCCUGGCCCGCCAUCGAAGAACACAUACUGGUAAGCGACCAUAUGUAUGCGAGCAUCCAGGCUGUGGCAAAACAUUCACUCGACGCACUACAUUGACUCGACAUCAGAAGGGUCACGAGCCUGACAUUAAGAGCUUUAUUAGGUAA